UUUUUUUUCAAAAUUCUCAGCCUAAUUCUUUGUCACUUCACCCUAUCUACUUCUCACAAGUCAUUGUUCAACGUCGCUUUUGUCAUGACUCAGAAACCAGUCUUGGCUAUCCAACACAAAGUCUCUCUCUCUGUUGGAGGCAUUGUUCGGUAUCGUAUCAAAGUCAACCCAUCACAGAUCAACAAUAUUGACACUCUCCAAUUCCGAAUCCGUAAUUGUUCGCCUAUCUAUCGCAAUCUCACACCAGCAUCAGGACCUUGGAAGAUAUCAGUGGCUCUUAUUCGAAAUCCAGACAAGACUCCAGUUGUUCCUGAGCUAGUGCCUUCCAUCGGUUGUGCAAAAGACUGUCGACUAGACGCAAAAAUAGCGAAUGAGUAUCAUAAUAAUGACGAAACUCAUGAAAACGAUCCGGGUGAGAACGAAUGGGAACUUGAGGUCCUGUCAGAGAUGGUCCUACAGCCCAAUUGGAUCAAUAUCACAGUUGAACUAUAUGCAGUCCCACAAAAGGGCGUUUCCUUAGACUUGAUAGCCAGUAACAACGACGAUACCAACAGCAAUGUUGUCUCUUCCAAUUCAAAUUCAUCCGUUGAUGAUGAAGGAACAGCCGAUACAGCAGACACUAAGACGGGGCCUCAAGUACUUCUUCCUCAUCUUGUGUCAUGUGACUACAAGGAUACUAAUGAGAUCUGUGGCCCCACCUUCCCAAAGCAAGCCCAUCAUGAAAACAUAGGAGAAUCCAAAGAACAAAAUGAGGAGGAAGUAAACGGAUAUCACCUAGUCGUCCUCACUCAUGGCAUCCAUGGAAGCUGGCUAGAUUUGCUCUAUAUGAAAGAGCAAAUCGAUGCCUAUAAUGCACAUCAUGGUAAAACCGUAACCUUCCUUUCAGAUACGAAUCAUGGUGGAACAGAGGAGGGGAUUCAGAGCGCGGGUCAACGCGUUGCGCUGGAUAUCUUAGAAUUCACAGGAUACAAUGAAACUGAGCAAGGGAAGGAGCUCUGCAAAUCACUCUCGGCUGUAGCAAGCAAAAAAUCUCUGUCCAAGUCUGAGGAAAACACAACAACAUUAAAGAAAAAAAGCCGGAAUACAAAAUACUCUGUGUUCCCUCGUGGCAUUUCCAAAAUCUCGAUCAUCGGUCAUUCUCUGGGUGGAUUGGUAAACAUCUACAUGCUCGGGUAUAUUGAAGAUGUGACUAAGGGAGUCUUCUUCAAUACCAUUCAGCCGGUCCAUUUCAUCACUCUUGCGACACCACUUCUUGGUAUUGGAUUCGAACACCCCUGGGUUCUUGGGCUUGCGCUAUCUAUGGGAUGUAUUGGGCAGACUGGCAAAGAUUUAACGCUCGAGGACCGAUCUUCAAAACUCAAGCGGUCGUCAUCCACUUUUUCAUUGAAUUCAUUACCGUCAUCAAAACGCCAUAGUUUUCAGAAGAAAGAGCCAGCGGCAGCAGCGCAUGCCGCGGGCUCGGAUGGUGCAAAUAAUGACAUCACGGCAGAGCAUCCACCCGAAUGUGCUCUCGAUCAUGACCCUGAGCCUUUGUUAUUGGCUAUGGCUCGACCUGGUUCUGUUUCCAAUAGGAUAUUGAAACAGUUUUCGGACCGGACGUCGUACGCCAACAUUGAGAACGAUAUGGCAGUCAGGUUUAAGACCUCGACCAUGAUGGGGAUCCCCAAAUUUGAUGUAGACCAUUUCUUUUCAUCCGAAGGUGCUGCUACGCAGCCCAAGAGAAGUCUAUACCACAAUGUAUUGACUAGCACUCUCGCAUUGCUGUUUCCACCUGUCCCUAAAAAGGCCAAAUUCUUAAGUAUAGCAGAUGCGCCUUCACCAAUUGUGAUUGUCAGUCAUGUGGAAGCAGAGCCAGGUGCAGCCGCAGAUGUUGCCAAGAAGAUCGAUGAGGCAAGUGCUGAGGCCGCAGCGGCAGAGGCGGCGGAUAAAAGCGUUCAUGAAGGAGGAAUAAUGGAUAGAAAUAUAAUGAAGGAAUCUCAAUCAGCAGAUUCAUUAAUAACUGAUGAAAGCUUAGAGUCCGUGCCGUCUCUACCAUCGUCGUCGCAAUUGUCGUCAUCGUCGUCAGCAGCAACGAUCCCCAAGUCAAGAAUGGAUCUAGCUCACUUGGUAGCAGAAGGGUACCAUGCUGAGAUGGAUUGGACCAAAAUUGGAGUAUAUAUCGAGCACGAGGCACAUGUACAAAUCAUUGUUAGACGCAAGUGGUAUAACCUGGAUGGAUGGAAGUGUGUACAAGAUUUGGUGGAGCGUUUUGACUUUACAUAAACCAUACUAGUCCUUGAUAUCUGAAUCAGUUUCUUUUUAAUAUCUUCCUUUUACAUAC